CCGCCUGCCUGCUCUGCGCUGCGCUUGUAGAUCCGAUCUGUUGCUUUGGCUUUUCGCAUUGUAUUGGUAGGAGGAGCUGCUUUCCUGCGAUUGUCUGCCUGUUCUCUCUCUCCUAGCAGGUUUCUCAUUUUCCCAAAGUUACAUAUUCAAGCCUGUGAGCUUUCACGGACGGUGGGUGCUUGCGCCGCCGGGGAGGUUCGCCGUUUCUUGCGUCGAGAGCGAGCGGAACAGAACAGAACAGAACGGAGCGACGCUGUUUGUGUCACAUAACCGGGGCUCUUCCACUUGUGUUCGAUCCAAGUGUUUCUUAACUUCGUUUUCGACUGCUUUCAAGAUGACAGAAGAAAAGAUUGUUGGGCAUAUAAAGCUGGUGACUGACCAGCUUCCCUGGGAUUUGAUGUCACCUCUAGAUUGGUUCUACUGAAGAUGGAAACACUGGAGUCUGAGCUCACCUGCCCAAUCUGCCUGGAGUUGUUCGAAGAUCCCCUGCUCUUACCCUGCGCCCACAGCCUGUGUUUCAACUGCGCCCACCGCAUCCUAGUCUCCCACUGCUCGUCCAACAAGCCUCUAGAGUCCAUCUCCGCCUUCCAGUGCCCCACCUGCCGUUACGUCAUCACGCUGAACCACCGCGGUCUGGAGGGCCUGAAGCGCAAUGUGACCCUGCAGAACAUCAUCCACCGUUUCCAGAAGGCCUCCGUCAGCGGCCCUAACUCCCCCAGUGAGAGCCGGCGCGCCCCAGGUCUCCCCGGAGGCCACAGGCCCUAUAGCAGCAGUGGAGGAAGCUCUGGCAGCCACAGCGCACGCUCCAGCCCGGCCCAGCCUUCCUCUCAUCAGCAGACCGCCACCAUGUCUCUGGAGCACCGUAUCAGCUGCCAGUUCUGUGAGCAGGACCCGCCGCGCGAGGCGGUCAAGACGUGCGUGACCUGCGAGGUGUCGUAUUGUGACAGGUGUCUUCGUGCCACGCACCCCAAUAAGAAGCCGUUUACCAGCCACCGGUUGGUGGAGCCGGUGCAUGACGCCCACCUGAGAGGCCUCACCUGUCUGGAGCAUGAGAAUGAGAAGGUUAAUAUGUACUGCAUCGUGGAUGACCAGCUGAUAUGUGCCCUGUGUAAGCUGGUGGGACGACACAGAGAACAUCAGGUCUCCUCUCUCAGCGAACGCUUCGACAAACUCAAGGCUUUUCAAGUGAGUCCUGGCAGAGUAUCUGACGCGGUAAUGGAGGCAUCAAAGACAAGCGCUGCGCAAACCCUGGAGAACAACCUCACCAACCUGGUGAAGAGAAACAGUGAGCUGGAGAACCAGAUGGCCAAGCUCAUCCAGAUCUGUCAACAGGUUGAGGCGAACACAGCGAUGCACGAGGCCAAGCUAGUGGAGGAGUGUGACGAGCUUGUGGAGAUCAUACGCCAGAGGAAACAGAUCAUCGCUGUCAAGAUCAAGGAGUCCAAGGUGAUGAAGCUGCGUAAGCUGGCCCAGCAGAUGGCUAACUGCAGACAGUGUUUGGAGCGCUCCAGCGCCCUCAUCACCCAGGCAGAACACAGCCUGAAGGAGAACGACCACGCUCGCUUCCUACAGACCGCCAGGAACGUGUCUGAGAGGGUUGCCAUGGCCACAGCCUCCUCCCAGGUGCUGAUUCCAGAUGUGAACCUGAACGAAGCCUUUGAUAACUUUGCCCUGGACUUCUCCCGAGAGAAGAAGAUCCUAGAGGGACUGGACUAUCUGACAGCUCCCAGUCCUCCCUCCAUACGUGAUGAGCUGUGUACUUCCUCCCACGACACCAUCACUGUUCACUGGACGUCUGAGGACGAGUUCAGUGUCACCUCCUACGAACUGCAGUACACCAUCUACACCGGCCAGACCAACUUCAUCAGUCUGUAUAACAGUGUGGACAGUUGGAUGAUUGUCCCCAACAUCAAGCAGAACCACUACACGGUGCAUGGCCUGCAGAGUGGAACACGUUAUGUCUUCUUUGUCAAGGCCAUCAACCAGGCAGGCAGCCGCAACAGCGACCCAGCCCGCCUCAAAACCAACAGCCAGCCUUUUAAGCUUGACCCAAAGACGGCCCACAAGAAGCUGCGUCUGUCCAACGACUGCCUGACCAUGGAGAAGGACGAGAGCUCCAUGAAGAAGAGCCACACUCCAGAGCGCUUCAGCAGCACGGGGUCGUACGGAGCGGCAGGGAACGUCUUCAUCGACAGCGGCUGCCACUACUGGGAGGUGUUGCUGGGCGCCUCCACCUGGUACGCUGUGGGCGUGGCUUACAAGUCAGCCCCUAAGAAUGAGUGGAGUGGAAAGAACUCCUCCUCCUGGGUGUUCUCCCGCUGUAACAACAACUUCAUGGUGCGUCACAAUGGCAAGGAGAUGCUGGUGGAGGCCAGCCACCAGCUCAGGCGUCUGGGAGUCCUUCUGGACUACGACAACAACUCCCUGUCCUUCUAUGACGCCAUGAACUCCCAACACCUGCACACCUUCGAGGUCAGCUUCCUGCUCCCCGUGGCGCCCACCUUCAUGAUCUGGAACAAGUCAGUGAUGAUCCUGUCGGGGCUUCCGGUGCCGGACUUUGUGGACUGCCCUGAGGAACACCAGGAGGGGAUGACGACCCUGUGUCGCCAGCAGGAGUCACCCUACAUGUCGGGUAUGAAGGGCUGUCACUGAGUCCCGGGACUUGGGUGACUCCCAGUCCCGGAGACUGACAAGGGCUUGGACUGGACUCACUGGACUGGGCUGGGCUAGACUCACUUACAGUGGGGGAAAAAAGUAU